CUCGGCUUUCUCUCUCCUCCUUGCAUUUUAUCCAUAUUAACAGGCUCCUCCCCCUAUAGUAUCCAGCUUUCGUUGGUAAAUACUGCGAUUUUAUAUCUUCAUAUUCCAAUCAACGUACCCACCAGCUCGGUUAUAUCUACGAGGUACAUCCAGUCUCCCUCCUCGUCCCUUCUUGCCACCCACUCGGCCCUUGUUCCUUAACCUAAAUUCCUCCACCCAACCAAUCAAAAAAAACCUGCUCAAAGUUUCAAAGCCUAAACGUCACGGCUGCGCUAUCAAAGGGAGUGACGACUAAGUUACUGAACGCCAUGAGAGACCGGGAGGAACAGAAGGAGGAAGAGCGGAGUCAGACAGACCUGAAGACCUGACGACUAUACGACCACAAGAGAGACAGACAGAGGCGCUGACGACCGUCGAUUAUCCCACGUUAUUGACAGCGCGCAAUUGGAAGACGACGAGAGAGGAAUCCCAUACGCCGGCCAGGCGCAGACAUCCCUACGUUCGGCGGGGAAUACAAACAAGGGCUAGCCACAGGAAGGCCCUCAAGGUUACAUACCUUCGCAUACUCGGGAAAGGAGCUGCAUUCACCUGAAAUCUUUGUCACCGCAUGAAACCGGGGGCUGCGAAUCUGAUAUAGCUCCUCUGACUUUGAAUAUACGCCCUAGGGAUCCCGCGGGAGUCUACUACGAUAUUCAUCUUCCCCACCACCCCACUCACUAAGUAUCACGACACCUUCUCCAAACCCGGGUGCAGACGCCUCUUUGACGUCUCCUUUCCUUUGCAACCUCGAACCCCCACCUACCCACGUCCUCGGCGAGGGUUCUCAAACACCACAAGCCUUGGUGCCUGGAACGUAUGGCAGCUCAGACAUAAUCCGCUCAAUCUCCCGCACGCUCGUUACUUGACCCUAACGAUAGCGACUCUAGCAACGGACCUCCAAUCAAGCGCGAUCAAUAGGCCUCAAUCCUCACCGAUAGCUACUUCCGAAGAACGAUCAGACUACUACAUCUAAAUCCCUGGCACUGAAAAGCUAAACCUAAGUCGCAAUCAACCCUCAACGAAAGGCGGUGCGGCUGCCGCCGCGCUGUUCCGCAACAGGCCUGGAGACGAGAGAUAGACGCUGCUCCGCAGAGUGGUACCGCGCAUACGAAGCGCCAACACCUGACGGGUUUUCGCGGCCGCAUAGGGCCAUUUUGCAUAUAAUACCCUCAAAAUGCCGAUCAUAAACGGCAUGAAGAUGGCCUGUGAGCCAUGCAUUCGAGGCCAUCGCUCUACGAAAUGUGCGCACGCGAGCGAACGCCUGAUGGUGCCGGUCAAGAAGCCUGGCCGACCACUGACAGCAUGUCCGCAUUUACAACCAUCGAGCUGCGGAUGCUCGAGCGUCACCGCCGCCAUUCCUCGGAAAUCGCAGUGCGGAUGUGGACCGGCGAGCAAGACGGCCAACACGGUCAAGACGGAACCGCAACCUGUCGAUUCGCCGAUAACUGAAUCGCCAUCACCGGUUGCGCGCGACUUCAAGAUCAAGAAGACGUCGAAAACGAAGAAUCGGAAACAGUCCUAUGAUGCCGCCGUGCUCAACAGGGUGGAGCCGAACAGUGUCAAUGUCGUCCCGUUCACACCGAGACCUCAACAACUUAUUGCACCGGCACUUCCAAACGAAGCGAAACCAGCGGUGUCGCUCGCGCCUUACACCAACGUAAACCAGAACCAUACAUACCAACAGACGCAACCUCCUCUACCUUACAGCACAGACUCGCCAUAUGUACCAGUUAACGGGAACGGAGUCUACCCAGGUUCGAACGGCAACGGCGUGAACCACCCAUUCGUACCCCUCGACCAACUGCCAGGCACUAUUCUCAGCUCCCGUUCAAAUUCGACCGGCUCGUCCUACGGCACCCCAGCAAACGGCGUCAAACUCGACUACGACACGCACGAAUCCGAAAUACCCCAGAGCAGCUGUUGCUUGAAACCCGCCACCUCCGCCCCCCUCGACGGCAUGAUCUUCGCCAACGGCAACCCCCUCCCCACAAUGCCAAACUACACCUGCGUCCCCACCUACCCCCUCUCCUCCCCUCUCUACCCCUACCCCCAACCAACCCUCUUCGCCUACCCCCCCUCCUACGGCUCGCACAACAACCCCCUCCAACCCGCCUCCUGGCGCCAAAACAUCUACGCCGCGGACCCCGACAUCCCGUUAUACCCCCUCCAGCCCGACCUCAACAUGGCCUUCCACAGCUGCGGCUGCGGCCCAACAUGCCAAUGCGUCGGAUGCGCUGCACACCCUUACAACGAUGCGACGCAGGAGUACGUGCGCUCCGCCUACGCCGAGCCUGUUUCCCCCGACGCAUACGGCGUCGUCUACCCGCUAGUCUUCCCCGCUGGUGAUAGCGCGGCGGUGCUGGAGCACGGCGUGGGCGCGAAGGAGAGCCCGAGUGAGGGCGGCUCGAUGGCGGAGGAGCAGGCGCUGUCGCCGAGUGAUUUCUUCUUUGUGAGUUAUCCUCUUAGUGGGGAGGGGUGUGGGGGGGACACGACGAGUUGUCCGUGUGGAGAUGGGUGUCAGUGUCUCGGUUGUACGAUUCAUGGGUUUGAUGAGGUUGGGGGGGGGUGGGGAUGCUGCAGGGGGGAGAGGUGGUACCUGUACCUGUACCUGUGCCGGUGGUGGAGAAGGAGACGCUAGAGGUGCCUGCUGCGCAGGCUAGCAAGGGGGAGAAGAAGAGUUGUUGUUGUGGGUAAAUUGUCCAAGAUGGGAUACGACUACGAGAAAGAGAGGAGAAGGAAUAUACCCUCUAUAUGAGUAAAACGGCGAAUUUGCCAAGGCACGCACGCGCAAGGGGUUGGGGAGCACAUUGUACAUAGACAUACUAUCUCUGGCACGGCUCAGUGUCUUGGCCCGUUCUCGCGGCUUGUUUUUUUGGGGGGAGGGGAAGGGUGUCUUGAUAGAAGAUACCGCCGAGGGGGGAAA